GCCCCACACCUCUGCCGGCCCCAGACCAGCCGCUGCCUCCCUGCUGCUGGUGCUCAGCUGUUUUAAACCUCCAGAAUUGAAUUUCAGGGUGAAGCUGUGCUCCCAGCCCUGCUCGGAUGUGCUACGGAAUCCUGGAACGAUUUAAGUGGGAAGGGACCUUAAAGAGCAUCYCAUUCCAACACUCUGCCACGGGUGCUAUCCCAGGCUGCUCAGAGCGCUGUUAGAGCUGGCCUCCAACCUUCCCAGGGAUGGGGCGGGCACAGAUUUUCUGGGCAACCCGUGCCAGCAUCGGUGGAGGGGCGGCAGCUUUCCUGGUCAGCACCCCGUACUCGCUGUGCGUGUGCCCUGAGGGCCAGAACGUCACCCUGAGCUGCCGGAUCAGCGGCGCCCUGGCCGAGCGCCACGACCUGCUCUACAAAACUUGGUACUUCAGCAGCAGCGGCGACCGGAGCUGCUCCGACAAGCGGCACAUCCGCAAYGUCACCGACAAGGAGCUGCACCACGACCUGGGCAGGCACCACGAGCUGCCGGGAAACGCCUCCCAAAAGCGGCCGAGCGGCCACCACCGCGGCGUGGAGUUCGUCCCCGACCGGCACGGCGCCUUCCACAUCGUGGUGACCAACCUGACCCUGCAGGACAGCGGCAAUUAUUGCUGCUACGCCGUGGAGGUGCGGCGGGAGCACGGCAAGCCCCACAGCACGCAGGUGGCCCACGGCUUCGUGGAGCUGCAGAUCCAGCGAGGCAAGGGAGGCCUUCAGAACUGCACAUUUCAUACUGCCACCAGCAAAGAUAUCACGGCAGCCGYGCUGGCCACGGGCGCCUGCAUCGUGGGCAUCCUCUGCCUGCCCCUCAUCCUGCUCCUCAUCUACAAGCAGAGACAGGCUGUCAGCAGCAGACGAGCCCACGAGCUUGUCAGGAUGGACAGCAGYGCCCAGGGCAUUGAAAACCCCGUGUUUGAGGCGGUGCCAACAGCGAGUGUGGAGCCACGGCCSCAGCCCCAGCUCUCCUACGUGGCCAGCCGGCUGCCCUCCGAGUCCGGCCGGCAUCUGCUGUCAGAGCCCAACACGCCCCUGUCCCCCCCCGGGCCUGGGGACUGCUUCUUCCCGACCCUGGAUCCUGUUCCCGACUCACCAAAUUCCUUGAAAGCCUAAAGACCCCAGAGGGACCCACAUGGUGCAGACCACUCCACACUCAUCCAGCCGGUCCCCCCACGGAUGGCAGGGCCAGGGGCAGCAAAGCCUUCAGGAAUGAAGCWGUGUGCAGGAUCCCUGCCCUUGUCUCCCAUCCUGCCCCUGCCCUGGGACUGGAAGUGAACCUCUCUUGCUCAGAUUUCAAUUUUUAACUACCUGUUUCCAUGGGGAAGCGURCAGCUCUGUACUGCUCACAUUUUACAGACUGGCUGGAAAUUGAGGAUGUGAGGAUGGAAGGRUGUCCUGCACCUGCAGGCUUCCCUGAGGAUUAACUUAUUGCUGGGGUUUAAGCUCUGCAACAUCAACGCUUUUCUGGAUCCUCGACUGAACAUCCUCUCUGGGAGUGGAUGGUAAAGAUUCAGCGUGGAACAAAACAGGAUCACUGGCCAACCUUGUACUACCUUUUUCUUUGCAAAAACAGGAAGGGGAGAGGCUCCCUGUGGCCACCAGAGCCCUCCUUCUCUACCAGCCUUUUGCGAUGGCCGUGGACUUGUGAUGCUGAUACCUUUUCAGCAGGACACAUGUWGGGAUGAGCCUUAUUUCUGCUGCAGUUUUAUCCUUGGCUUGGGAUCAGGGCAAUUUCUCUUUCUGUUUGUUUCAUUAUCAGUGCUGAUUAAAAGCAAAA